UAAAACAUCUGGAAUGACUCAAAAGUAUCUUAGUUCAAAAAUGACAAUGGAGAGCAGAAGUAGCAGCAAUGGAAACAGAGACAGGCUUGGACUGAGCUUCACUAUUGAUUACCUUCUGUUCAAUGGAGAAGUCAAAGAUUCUACAGCAGAAGAGACUGAGAACAACACGCAACUUCAUCGGAAUCCCGAACCCGGAGAGGUAAAGAUUCCCUCUGAGACAGCAAGGAAGAGUCCAAAGAUGUCAGAGGCAGGCACUGAAAAAGGUAAAACCACCAAAGAAGAGUGGGAUGAAGAACAACCAGAGGAGGGGGAGGAGGAAGUGACCACCACCACAACAUCUACAAGCUGCAAUUCAGACAAAUCAGAAGACAAACCCAACCAGUCGUACAUCGCACUCAUCUCCAAGGCAAUCCUGGCAUCUGAGGAGAAGAAACUGCUGCUUUGUGAUAUCUACCAGUGGAUCAUGGACCACUACCCUUACUUCAAGAGUAAGGAUAAAAAUUGGAGAAACAGCGUACGCCAUAACUUAUCUCUCAACGACUGCUUCAUCAAGGCAGGCAGAAGCGAUAAUGGUAAAGGUCACUUCUGGGCAAUUCACCCUGCAAACUAUCAGGACUUUUCUAAAGGAGACUACCAUUGUCGGAGGGCGCGGAGAAGGGCACGAAGAGUGGUGGGACAGCUCCGUCUUUCUUCCCUGACCUUUCCCUACCACCCCACGGCCACCUUUACCCGCCCUCAAAGAGCGUCCUGCUGGUGCUGUCCUCAGGCCUCAACACUUCCUCUGUCCUGUUUGGCACCCAGACUCUACUGGCCCUGGUCCAGUAUGCAGCCACCUGCGGGGCUCCAUCUUGGCCUGAAUCCUUCUGCACCCUAAAAGUGUGUGUGUGUGUGUGCAUGU